AUGGCACGUGAUCGGCAUCCAUUCGAGGCCGAAAAGCAACUGGGUGCGGUCAAGGCGGUCUCAGGGCCGGUCGUGAUUGCCGAGAAUAUGAGCGGUAGCGCGAUGUACGAGCUGGUGCAGGUCGGUUCGUUCCGUCUCGUAGGGGAGAUCAUCCGCUUAGAAGGCGACACCGCGACUAUUCAGGUGUACGAAGAGACCGGCGGUUUAACGGUGGGGGAUCCGGUCUAUUGCACCGGCAAGCCGCUUUCGCUGGAGCUCGGUCCGGGGAUCAUGUCGGAAAUCUUUGACGGCAUCCAGCGCCCGCUCGAGACGAUUUACCAGAUGACGCAGGACAUUUUCAUCCCCAAAGGAGUCCAGGUGCCUUCCUUGGACCCCCAUAAGGCGUGGGAUUAUACCCCCCGGGUGAAGGUGGGUGACCUCGUGACCGGGGGCGACAUCCUCGGCUCCGUGGUGGAGAACUCCCUGAUGAAUCACCACGCGAUUAUGGUACCGCCAAACAUGCAAGGCCGGGUGACCGCCGUGCAGCCUGCGGGAAACUACACCCUCCAGGAUGAGGUCGUUGAGAUCGAACACAACGGGAAACGACGAACCCUGCGGCUGAUGCAUCGCUGGCCGGUUCGAAUGCCGAGGCCGGUUGCGUUUAAGGAAUCCGGCAACCACCCCCUUCUGACGGGGCAGCGGGUGUUGGAUGCGCUCUUCCCUUCCGUGCAGGGCGGGACCUGCUCCAUCCCGGGCGCCUUUGGUUGCGGGAAGACCGUCAUCAGCCAGGCCCUCUCCAAGUACUCCAACUCCGACUGCGUGAUCUACGUCGGAUGCGGCGAGCGCGGGAAUGAGAUGGCGGAGGUGCUCAUGGAUUUCCCCGAACUCACGACCGUCAUCGACGGCCGUGAGGAUUCCAUUAUGAAACGGACGUGUUUGGUGGCGAACACGUCGAACAUGCCCGUGGCGGCGCGGGAGGCCUCCAUCUACACCGGCAUCACCCUCGCGGAGUACUACCGGGAUAUGGGGAAACACAUCGCGAUGAUGGCGGACUCCACCUCCCGCUGGGCGGAGGCGUUGCGGGAGAUCUCCGGGCGUCUUGCGGAGAUGCCCGCGGAUGGGGGGUACCCUGCCUACCUGGGAGCCCGCCUCGCCUCUUUCUACGAGCGGGCAGGGCUCGUGACGUGUAUCGGGGGGCCGAAGCGGCAGGGUUCCGUUACGAUCGUCGGCGCUGUAUCCCCGCCCGGAGGGGAUUUCUCGGACCCCGUCACCUCCGCGACGCUCGGCAUCGUGCAGGUCUUCUGGGGUCUGGAGAAGCGCCUCGCGCAGCGGAAGCACUUCCCGUCGAUCAACUGGCUUAUUUCCUACUCGAAAUACCUUAACGCGCUGGAGCCGUUUUUUAACACCUUCGACCCCGACUACAUGCACCUCCGUGCAGUGAUAUCCGAGAUUCUGCAGCGGGAGGAGGAGCUGCAGGAGAUCGUCCAACUCGUGGGCCGGGACUCGCUAUCGGAGUCGGAUAAGGUUAUUCUGGAGGUCUCCAAGAUUAUUCGAGAGGAGUUUCUCCAGCAGAACGCCUUCACCCCGUAUGACAAGUUCUGUCCCCUCUACAAAACGUGCUGGAUGCUGCGCAACAUUGUCACCUUCUAUGAAGAGGCCCAGCGUGUGAUUUUGGAGUCGGCCGGGGACAAUAAAAUUACCUGGAAUUACAUUCGCGAGAAGAUUCCAACCAUCUACACGGGGCUCACCGAAAUGAAGUUUAGGGAUCCUGCUGACGGAGAGGCAAGUAAUAUCGAGUACUUUAAGAAGCAAAAUAGAGACAUUUUGAACGCUUUUGCUUCACUUUUGCAGUAG